GAGCCACUGCUCCCGGCCGAUGGCUGGUAUUUAAUUAGGUAUGUUUAGCUUCAUCUAGGGUUUCUUUUAUUUUAUUUUUUUUUUUUGAGACGGAGUCUUGCUCUGUCGCCCAGGCUGGAGUGCAGUGGCGCAAUCUCGGCUCACUGCAAGCUCCGCCUCCCGGGUUCACGCCAUUCUCCUGCCUCAGCCUCUCCGUGUAGCUGGGACUACAGGCGCCCGCCACCACGCCCGGCUAAUUUUUUGUAUUUUUAGUAGAAACGGGGUUUCACCGUGGUCUCGAUCUCCUGACCUCGUGAUCCGCCCGCCUCGGCCUCCCAAAGUGCUGGGAUUACAAGCGUGAGCCACCGCGCCCGGCCUAGGGUUUCUUUUAAAAAAAAAAAUUAUUAUUUAUUUUUGAGAAUUUUUUUGAGAGGGAGUCUUGCUCUGUCGCCCAGGCUGCAGUGCAGUGGCCGUGAUCUUGGCUCACUGCAACCUCUGUCUCCCGGGUUCAAGCGAUUCUUUUGCCUCAGCCUCUCGAGUGGCUGGGACUAUAGGCGUGCGCCACCACGCCUGGCUAAUUUUUGUAUUUUUAGUAGAGGUAGGGUUUCACCAUGUUGGCCAGGCUGGUCUGAACUCCUGACUUCAAGUGAUCCACCCGCCUCAGCCUCCCAAAGUGGUGGGAUUACAGGCAUGAGCCACCGUGCCCGGCUGCUUCAGCCAGAGUUUCUUUUCCUUACUCUUGAUCCUUCUAAAAUAGUCGAUAUCAGCCUUUUUUCCAUCCUGAUCAUUUUCAUUUGCAAUUUCCUCUACAUGGCAUUUAUUUUCUUCCUCUUAAUACUUACUCUGUAUCACCAGUCUUCUGUGGACCAAAACCAACGGGAGAAGGUGUUCGCUAGCCCUAAAACCAGUCCUUCCAUCUCCAUAGUCAUCUGAAAUGUUUGCUAAAAAUCUCAUUUCCCAACACCAGGGGGUGUCUGUCUAUCCCUCUAACUGUCCUACCCUUAAGGUAGAGAUUAGUCCCAAACCUUUUCCUCACUCCUUUUCACUGCUUCUACAUACACACUAUAUCUCUUUCCCUCCCUCUCAAGAUAGAGAUUAGUCCCAUUUUCCUGACUCCUUUUCACUGCUUUUACAAACACAAAAUUUCUCCACCAUCACAAAACUUUUGGGUCCAGAAGGUGGUGCCUUUUUAUUUCAGUUUAUCUGUUUGUCUCUCAUACUCUGGACAAGUUUGUCCUUUCCUUUGCGCACCCUUCGGUCUCUGCAUCGUCCACACUCCUCUUUGCUCCCCAGCUCUCCCUUUCUUCGCUAUCUCUUCCCUCUUCCACCUCUCUCUGUGGGCUUCGUCGCCUUUCAGGGCUAUCUUUACGUACACGUCUCUGAACCUCUUUAUGCAUUUGUCUUCUUUCUCUCUGUCUUCCUCUUUAUGGCUCUCUCCAUCUCUCCCACAGUCCUCACGCUGGGAACAAAGUCACGGUGCUAGCGCAGAACAUGCCUCCUGUCGUCCGGUCCCGGUCCGCGCGACACAUUCCACCAUGCCCCUCCGCGCAUUCCAAAUGCAGACAAAGAGUCCCCGUCCCCUACUCCCACACUCUUUCCUGUUCCAAUUCUUGAGUGUUGUAGGGGCAGCUGCCCCAACUGCCCCUGCCCGCCUCUCACGUCCAGUCCGCGGGCCUCCACAUCCAGGGCAGUUAGCGCCAGCUGCCGCUGAACGCACACCAGCUAUCCCUGCGCGGACACCCCCGGCGCUCUCGCACACACCGCGCUCCGCCCUCCUAGGAAAGUAGAUCCGGCCAGGCAGACAAAAGUUUGGGAGAGAAGUUCGGUCUGUGGCUAGCGUGAGAGCUAGGGGGGCGGGGGCCGGAGAGAGUGGGGCAGUCGGGCGAGUUGACGCGUGAACAGAUAGACCUGCGGACCGGAGAGCCGCGGCCAGAGGCCCUGCUAGCCCCGCUCAGCCCCAGAUGCGCGGGGGGACGCAGCCCCUCCCGCUGGGGGAUGCUGUGGGACUCCUGGCGCCGGUCAUCCAGGCCGCCCUCUAAGCCCCUGUGCCUCCCCUGUGCCCCUGGGGAACUAGAGUUCGGCUGCAGGGAACGAGAACCGGCAGCCGAGACGCCGCAGGGUGCCAGGCGGGGAGGGGACGAGAGGCCCCAGGCCCGAGGGCAUGGAGCGGUUAGGAGAGAAAGCCAGUCGCCUGCUGGAGAAGUUCGGCCGCAGAAAGGGUGAAUCUAGCCGGUCUGGGUCUGACGGGACUCCCGGGCCGGGCAAGGGGCGCCUAAGUGGGUUGGGGGGACCUAGGAAGUCAGGGCCCCGAGGAGCUACUGGGGGACCUGGGGAUGAGCCGUUGGAGCCGGCCCGGGAGCAAGGUUCCCUGGACGCUGAGCGGAAUCAGCGCGGCUCCUUUGAGGCGCCGCGCUACGAAGGCUCCUUUCCCGGGGGGCCGCCGCCCACUCGGGCCUUGCCUCUACCUCAGUCGUUGCCCCCCGAUUUUCGGCUGGAGCCCACGGCCCCGGCCCUCAGCCCCCGCUCUAGCUUCGCCAGUAGCUCGGCCAGCGACGCGAGCAAGCCGUCCAGCCCCCGGGGCAGCCUGCUGCUGGACGGGGCGGGGGCUGGCGGAGCUGGAGGUAGCCGGCCCUGCAGCAAUCGCACCAGCGGCAUCAGCAUGGGCUACGACCAGCGCCACGGGAGCCCCUUGCCAGCGGGGCCGUGCCUGUUUGGCCCACCCCUGGCCGGAGCACCGGCAGGCUAUUCUCCUGGAGGGGUCCCGUCCGCCUACCCGGAGCUCCACGCCGCCCUGGACCGAUUGUACGCUCAGCGGCCCGCGGGGUUCGGCUGCCAGGAAAGUCGCCACUCGUAUCCCCCGGCCCUGGGCAGCCCUGGAGCUCUAGCCGGGGCCGGAGUGGGAGCGGCGGGGCCCUUGGAGAGACGGGGGGCGCAACCCGGACGACACUCUGUGACCGGCUACGGGGACUGCGCCGUGGGCGCCCGGUACCAGGACGAGCUAACAGCUUUGCUUCGCCUGACGGUGGGCACUGGUGGGCGAGAAGCCGGAGCCCGCGGAGAACCCUCGGGGAUUGAGCCGUCGGGUCUGGAGGAGCCACCAGGUCCUUUCGUUCCGGAGGCCGCCCGGGCCCGGAUGCGGGAGCCGGAGGCCAGGGAGGACUACUUCGGCACCUGUAUCAAGUGCAACAAAGGCAUCUAUGGGCAGAGCAAUGCCUGCCAGGCCCUGGACAGCCUCUACCACACCCAGUGCUUUGUUUGCUGCUCUUGUGGGCGAACUUUGCGUUGCAAGGCUUUCUACAGUGUCAAUGGCUCUGUGUACUGUGAGGAAGAUUAUCUGUUUUCAGGGUUUCAGGAGGCAGCUGAGAAAUGCUGUGUCUGUGGUCACUUGAUUUUGGAGAAGAUCCUACAAGCAAUGGGGAAGUCCUAUCACCCAGGCUGCUUCCGAUGCAUUGUUUGCAACAAGUGCCUGGAUGGCAUCCCCUUCACAGUGGACUUCUCCAACCAAGUAUACUGUGUCACCGACUACCACAAAAAUUAUGCUCCUAAGUGUGCAGCCUGUGGCCAACCCAUCCUCCCCUCUGAGGGCUGUGAGGACAUCGUGAGGGUGAUAUCCAUGGACCGGGAUUAUCACUUUGAGUGCUACCACUGUGAGGACUGCCGGAUGCAGCUGAGUGAUGAGGAAGGCUGCUGCUGUUUCCCUCUGGAUGGGCACUUGCUCUGCCAUGGUUGCCACAUGCAGCGGCUCAAUGCCCGACAACCCCCUGCCAACUAUAUCUGAGCUGCAAUCACUGCUGCUGCUGUCACCACCACAGACAAACUGCUCUGGCCAGUGGGCCCCUCUGAGGCCAGCCAAGGCAAAGGAUGCACUCUGCAGGCCUGGCAGAAGAGUCCUCUGGGGAGGACCCCAAGGGCCGGAGACCCAAAGAUCAUGACUUCCAAAUGGAUUGUGGAAGAGAAACCUUAUAUUUACCAAGGUGGGGGUGACUGGCCUUUUUCCCAUGUGUGCAGCCUGAGCUUAGGUACACACAGGAGGGUUCCAGUACUUUCUGAACAUCUGAUUCUGUAUCUUCAGUAUAUAUAUUUUGUUUGUUUUAGAGAUGGGAUCUCACCAUGUUGCCCAGGCUAGUCUUGAACUCCUGGGCUCAAAUGAUCCUCCCACCUUGGCCUCCCAAAGUGCUGGGAUUACAGGUGUAAGCCACUGUGUCUGGCCUAGUAUAUGACUGUGCAUGAGUCAUGCAAUGUUCUGGAUUCCAAGAGUAGAGGACCUAGCUUUAAAUCAAUUAGUUUCAGCUAAACUGACUAGAACCAAAUCAAAGUGUAAUUCUCCCUCCAGCUCCCCCAAACCCCAGAGUUUUGGGGUUGUGGUUGAUGCAGUGUGGGAUGUCCCUGAGAGGUAGCAAGUCUAGGGUGCUGAGUUCCUGCUAGGUAACCAAAUUUAAGCUCCUCACUUUUUCGUGACACAUGGUGUCAGAUAUGGGGUCCCGCACCUAUAUCUGGAUGAAGAGGUAGAAACUCUGGACCUCAUUAAUAAGUUAUUUCUUGGCCUUCUUCUAAGGACUAGGAGAGCUCCUCAUCUGUCUGCUGAGAAUGGGGACCAGCUCUGAGUGGGGUUGCUGCCUGUAUUCCCUGUUUCUCAGGGACUCACAUGGGUCUGGGGAGGCUAGGUAGGUGAUUGUACGUGGUUGCUCUUCUCCUUGGCUGGGGGAGGAAUGAGCCGGUCUCUGUGGGUGUGGAGCUUGUUGGGGGGAUGUCUAGGAAGCUUCAGCUUAGCCACAUUCCCAAGUUUAGGUGCACUGAGCCAUAGAGCCCAGUGUAUGCAUGUGUGGGUGUGUUCAUGCACACACACAGUCUCUCUCUGUCUGUCUGUCUCUCUCUCUCUCUCACUCUUACUCUCUUCUCAGGUCACUUGUACACUUGGUUUCCUAGUAGAAGCUCACUUGCCACCUCUCAGAGGGGUCCCGGAUUGCAUCCAUCACAAUCCCAAAACUAGAGUUGGAGGGGGGAAAUGGAAGGAGCAAAACACUGAUUUGGUACUAGUCAGUUUGCCUGAAACUAGUUCACCUAAAGCUAGAUCUCUUAAAACCAAUUUACUGAAAACUUUGCUUAAAGUUAAUGACUUAAUGACUAAUUUGCCAAAAGCUCAAUUCCUAUUUCGGUGUGUUUAUAUCCAUUUAGGUGUCCUAUUCUUUUUUGUCAUGCUUUGGAUAUUUCAAGGAUUUAUAUCUAUUGAUCCAAGAGUACUUCUGAGUUAUUAUCAGCAACAUAAAUUUAUCAAAUUUGCAGCACUUUGUAAAUGAUGAGGUUGCUUCCUACCUUUAUGGAUGUCUUUUUCUAUGUUAUCUACCAUUCAAAAACUUUUUUAAAAAGUUUAAAGUUUCUAGCAAUAAAUACAAUUGGUACAGA